CAGAUAGCUGAAAUGAUAACAGUGCACAACAAGUGUUAAUGUUCUGCGAUUAAGGUCGCGGGCUACCUAUCUACAAGCCCAACUGGCAUCGUCAGCCGCAGAUAGCUAUAGACUACUUCGGUGUUUAUUCGGUAUCUACCUACCGAUCGUGGAUGGAACACGUUUCACUUAUCCCUUCGGUGGAAAAAACGAAUGGCAUAUUAACUUUUGCUGGCACAGUAUUUCUUCGUGCCGUAAUCCAACGUAAUGUGCUCUCAGACUGAUCUGUAUUUUACUAUUACUACCAGUUCUGCUGUUUGCUGUCUACAAAUAAGAAAAAAGAACGAAACCGAAGCAUUUCAUUGAAGUGUGUAUACUGCCCUCAUACGAAUGAAAGGGCCCGAGUUCGCAGUGUGCAGUAUUGAAACGUUCAGCAUUGACCAGGAUAGCCAUCGGCAAAUCAAUUUAAACAACAGGCCCACAAGCCGAGAGCAACAAACAGGGACCAGUUCGUGUGCGCGCUACCCUUCCAAGAAGCUCGCAAUCAUUGUCACCAGAGUCAGACAGACAGACUGGCUGACUACUACUAUCGGCUAGAGUGAAGUAGUCGUAGUCAGCUGAAGGUAGUCAGGGCUCAGCCUAGCAUUUCAUACUUUUAUUGUAGUCGCCGUCUGUUAGCAGGCGAUGCGUCGCACUCAGUCGUAUUCUAUUAGUAUCGCCUUGGCCGCCGCUAUCGCCGACUUUUAUUGCACUGUUACCGCAGCCACGGGUGGCUAGGGCGAAUCAGGUAAGAGGGGCAGCAGCAACGACAUUUAACAGAUCGUAGAAUCUGCAGCACUAGUUGGCAAUAAGUGCAAACCCAUGACUCAUAGCAGCCUCGUUUCUUUCCUCAUUAACUAAGCCAACCUAUUUGUGUCGUGUUCGCUAAAACUCGCUUUCCCGUUCGACCGCUAGAUUUCCUCUUUUUGUGCUACAACAAUAAGUAAGAGAAUCAGCAGCGGCAGCAACUAUCGGCUAACUCUGCGCAUCGCGAACCUCAAUGAACACGCCACGAACACGCACGUGCGGUAGCGAAAGCUGCUGGAACCAGCAAGGGACAGCAGGACAGGCCGACUGUUCAGUGUGGUAACGUAGAAGAGGCACUACCAUAGGCAGCUGCAGCCACGAUGAUAACAACACAGCGCAGGUGGGUAGCAAAUAGUAACCAGGAUAACAACUGCAACAGCAGAUAUAGACACCACUCCUAUAAAGAAUUAGCAAAUAAACUGUAAUAGUCAGCGCGAAUACAACAAAACCAGUGAGUUUCAGUGAGACAACGUCGUGCAGCCGCUGGUGGCGGUCAAUCGGUGCGAACAAAUCACGUCUGGUGAGCAGAGUGCCGGCUGAAACAAAGCGUCAUACAAACAACUCGCGUUCGUCCCCAGUAAGAAAAAGCCGGAUUAAGAGAACAUUUUUGGUAGAAGAAAACCGACAACUCCACAGCAUAAUAGCGACAACCAUUCCGUAAAGCGGAGCACAAGAUGCGCUCACUGCCACAGUAGUGACACGUCUAUACUAUUGAGACAUAUUUACGUUCAGGCACUGUCGCAGCCAUAUUGACCAGUUUUUGUGAGCGGAACGCACGGAUCGUUCUCACCCACGUCACGCUUGCCUCCAGACCAUUCUGCUCCCCAAUAUCCUCCUCGCCCACGCAGCAGUGCCGCGCUGUCUGUCUGUCUGUCUGUCUUUCUGUCACAUCUCCCUCCCCCCAUCGACUAAUCGGUGUCCCUUCAACGGUCAACCGUGUCCCAUUGUGGUGCUCGCCGUUUCAGUGUUUACCGUACAUUUGCAUGUGCUUCUGCGGGGUUAUCACUACAGUCGGCUGAUCGGCCAACAGGUCAUGGCAUUUCGGCGCUGCUUCCCUCAUCGAUUGCCGCUGGCGAGAGAAGGAAAUUAUUGAGACGGCAAAAGAAAGUGAAAGUCGUGGGUCUCGCUCAGAUUGAACAAAAAUAACCCGCGUGAUAUCACUUUGGCCGUGUGCAGGACAACAAAGGAGAAACGAGUAGAAGAGGGGGAAGACACGUUUCCCCUGCCGGAGCGAGGGAUUGCUGUUCACCAUAGAAACGCAGUUUCGUGGUUGUGCUGUGACUAGAGAUAAUAAUUGCCCCGAAAAGUGGCGGGCGGUUAGUUAGCGGUGCGACCAACCACUUACUGGAUCCCUUGCUCAGGCCCACAAUGCAUGCAAUGUGUGCUAUUGUAGGCCAGAGAGGAUGAUGGGUACAACGGCUAAGGAAUAGAGAAGCACAGUGUAUAGUGGCUUAAUGCGUGGCUGUCAUCUCAUCGCGGAAGUGAGCAGGGAUCAUUGUCAUUUGCAUCAGAAACGAAUCAAUCAAUGAAAGGACGCUGCUGCUGCCACUGCUACCUCGCGCGACGAUCCGAUACAAAAAGUCUUGUCCACCGCACAAAGCAGCAAUACAUCCGGACAAUCGGUUGACAAGCAGAUUGAUUGCCAACCUCGCAACGAUUCUUGUCCAUAGCAUAGAUCGUUACCAUAUCGAUUGUUCCACCCGUUAUUCCAACAAAUUCCAAAUAACCAUCCAGCAUAGCAUGCGCUUCAACGUCGACUUCUCAUCGGAGAAAUAUAAUUGGUCGUUACCACGAUUCCUGUCUGACUAUUACUUCAACAUCUCAUAGUCGCUAACGUGUCCUGUCACUCCACGCGUACCCUUCGAGUGCUAGAAUCCAAGUGGUUGUCGUAUACGUUGGAGUUCGUUGGUCAGGCCUUCGCCCUGUACCUGCCAGCCGAAGCAGCAGCGUGUAUCAUGUAUUAACCAACGUCUUGCGACGUGAGUUCCUGGUAUCUUCAACAUUAUUAGUUGCCCUUAGUUCAGCGUUGAUACGGUGCAAGAGCAGCAGCAGCAGUGCCCAAAUAGUAACUGUAGCUGCAGCUGGGCGGAAAGUUUCGGCGCAUCCGUUCUCACUCACGGUUGUCCUCGUUAUGACGUGAGUUCGUUCGAUACGGACUUCGCUCACAGAGCCUUGGGCGGCACUGCACGUGUUCGCGGUAUGGCAAAAACUUACGGAACCAGCUCAUAUAGGAAAGUAGUUUGAAUGCUUGCAGGUUCAUCUAUUGUACAUCACAACAGUGGACGAUCUUGUGAAUAAGGUCCCGUUAUACCACUGUCAAAAGGAAACCUCAGUUUACGGGCAACGUAGAAGGCGGCAAUCUGGACUUUACUGUAAUCGCUGCUACAACUUCUACGUAAAUCUUCAAUAUUCUGAAUUUCCCAGCGACACCAUAUUCGUUCACCCAACCAUUGCUUAUUGAAGAAACACGUCAGACUAGGAGUGCCCUUGCUGCGUUUUGCAAGAGCAACUAUUUAGUCGCGUAGCGCAUUCUCUCAAAUCGAGACUCACACAGCUAAUUAUUCGUCGGACAUCACUUCUAGUAGGCGGACGACUAUCAUUGUCACUAUUAUAACUAGGAACUAGAAAUUAAUCGGCCAUAACCGUUCUCGCUUCUGAGUACCGAGAAACAGGCAAGUUAGUCGAUCCUGUAGGGAGGAAACGAACACCUUUUUCUACGGUAACAUAGAUCCUCUCUACAUCCUACUUGGCUCUUUGACCAAGCAUUAGGAAAAAAUCAAAGAGACAGCUUUUCUAUAGUAGUAAGGGCGGAAUUUCGUCAAAGCCGCCCAGCUAUAAACAAUAAUAAACAAUGUCACACUGGAAAUCGCAACUUAGCAACUACCACGGCUCAACGGUGCUUGAGCCUGUAGCCAAAAUUGUUGGUGUACAGGUGGACAAAUUUAACCUUCUCAUCGCUGGACUGACCUCGAUUGGCAUGGGUUAUCUCUAUGGUUACCUAAUGCCUGUCGGCAGUGUGUCCAUCAGGACUCGGAAGGCGUCACUUAUCGCAAUUGGUUUGUCACUUCUGUACUUCUGCUUUGGCCGAGAUGUAUUACAUGUCGUGGCUGAAGCAGUCAUUGCGUUCUUGCUGAUGAAGAUCAUUCCAAUUGAUCAACUACCCUUAAUUACACUAGUCGUGACGCUAUUCUACCAGUCAAUUUGUCAUAUCAUCCGACAGUAUACAGACCCUGAUGGCUAUACAAUCGAUAUCACUGGCCCGAUCAUGAUGCUCACGCAGCGAGUAACAACACUGGCGUUCAGCUUGCGAGACGGCGCUCGCCCUGAAGGCCUCACCGAGGAUCAACGCCGAGAUGCGAUACCGAUACCGCCCGAUGCGUUGUCUUAUUUCGCGUAUAUGUUUGACUUUCACGAAAUUCUCGCGGGGCCACUCAUAUCGUACAACGAGUUCUCACGCAUUGCCGAGGGUAAGAACCUACGGACGGAUGAGCUCCAGCCACCACCACACUGGGAGGUUGCCCGAAAACUUGGUUACGUUGCCGUCAACGCCGCCCUCGUCCUUAAGGUCGUACCACAGCUAACUGAAGCCCAGCUGCUAUCAACAUGGUACUCAGAACUGCCAUUCUUCAAGAAGGUACUCAUGCUAAAUGCAUUUAGCUUCCUUAGCCGUGUGCAAUAUUACCUUGUAUGGAAGCUGUCCGAAGCCGUCUGCAAUUCAUCGGGCUACGGCUAUUAUAUUACCAAGGAAGGUGAAUCACGCUGGGAUGGAGCCAAUAACAUCCACAUCUUUAAGCUUGAGACGGCACCCAGCCUCAAGGUUAUCCUCGACAACUGGAACGUAUCUACGCAACGUUGGCUGAAGCACGUCUGUUAUGAUAGGCGUACGCCGUACAAGACCGGCAUGACAUUUCUGCUAUCAGCGUUGUGGCACGGCUUCUAUCCGGGUUACUUCCUCGCCUUCAUGACAUGCUCGCUGUUUGUGAUGGCUUCACGAAGGGUUCGACGUUCACUGAGACCGCUCCUCGUCCAUGGGCCCGUCUCUCAGUUCUUCUACGAUCUGCUGACGUUCUGUUUUUCUACGUCGUUCUUGGCCUACACUACGGCACCGUUUGUUCUUCUGCAAUUUAGCAAAGCAAUCCACAUAUGGCGGGAGGUGUUCUUCUAUGGACACGUGCUCGCGCUGGCAGCAAUUGUCCUGUCUAUGGUCUUGCCUUUCGUCCGAAAAUCGCGCGGGACACAAGGCACAGAUAACACCAUCAGAGCUGGUAAAAACGCACAUUUAACCACUGGAAUUGAUGGCUGCACGACCUCAACGAACUCCAUUGCAGUAAAUAAAAGCGUGAAUGGUAAGAUUCACUGAUAUUGUUUGCUAGGAAAAACAGGAUAUUAUAUUAGGAUUGUUAUUAUUAUGUAAUAAAGAAGAACACGACAAGUGUAUUUAACAGUGACAACAACAACAACAAAAUAAAAAAACAUAUAAAAUUCUAACAUUUGCAUUUACGUGUAUGUACAAAUGCGAUACCGCAAUAACGCGACGACGUGUAAGUUACUAACGAAGAUAAAAGUAAGUAAAAAUUCUUGAAAAAUUUCUACUAGGAUGACAGCAAAACUAGCAAGUGGAGAUAAAAAAAAGAAGUAAAAAAGUGAGAAUAAAUAAAAAAAAAGUUGUAAACGCAGCUUAGACGUUUAAUUAUGGAGUGAGACGCGAUGUGAAGCAACUACAUUAAAAGACUGAUUAAAAGCAGGCCAUUGAGAAAAGGGGAAAUUAACGUGACAACGUCGGGAAAAUAAUACUGAUUGUGAUGGUGAUUAGCAAAGGAAAGGAUACCACAAAAGUCAGCAGUUCAGAUGGUGGCGUACUCGGAAUAUACCGAAACUAUAUUGUUUAUGCUUUUAAACGAUAGAAGUGAUCACCUCUAUGGAGAAACUUAUGGUCAACUAAAAUACAGACAUACUGUGUAAGAUGGAAAAGCGAUCUGCAAUUAGAAAUAGUCUAGGGACAAAAAAAUAUGGUGACAACACAUGAGAUUAUAAAAAGAAAGACGACAGACAGAAAGAAACCAAUCUCG